AGUGUAGCCCCAGCAGUGCCACUUGUCAGUGUCCAUUAGUGCCUUAUGUCAGUGCUCAUCAGUGCCUCCCAUCAGUGCCAGUCAGUGCUACCUAUCAAUGCCAAUCAGUGCUGCCAAUCAGUGCCAGUCAGUGCUGCCUAUCAGUGCGCAUCAGUGCCGUCUAUCAGUGCAUGUCAGUGCCGCCUAACAGUGCCAGUCAGUGCCGCCUAUCAGUGCUGCCUAUCAGUGCCAUGUAUCAGUGCUGCCUUUCAGUACCCAUCAGUGAUG